UGGACCCACAUACCGUUUUCUAGGAGCAAACGUCUAAUGUUUCGCAUCUGGACAGACAGUGAUUCAUCUUUGUGUGGAUUAUUUCACCAGCAACUCUCUCAAACGCUCUGCAUGGUGGUGGAGGUGGACAACAAGUCAAGAUGAAUCUCCCUCUAUCAGUGCUUCUAUGUCUGUCAGUUGUUCAGAUGUGUGUGGGGGAUCAGAUUUCGGAGGACAUCAUUGUGGCAGAAAAAGCAACACUAUUGGGUGGCUGGUUUGAGAGGAGUCCAGAGUCCCAAGAGGUUCAGGCGGCGGCUCAGCACGCUGUGGACACGUUCAACACGAAUUCAAAGGCCAAGAAGUUGUUCAGACUGCAGUCCAUCACAUCUGCGCAGUCUCAGGUGACCAACGGCAUCAACUACAGGAUCGAUGCAGUACUGCGCAAAACCAAGUGUCUCAAGGGUGAAAAUCAGGACUUGAACAACUGCAAUCUGGAGAAAAUGCAUCUCAAGUGCCAGUUUGAUGUGAUGUUCAACCCGCGCAACAACAAACAUGAAUCGCAGAAGCCUAAAUGCAAGAAGACGGUGGCCAACAUUCCAGCUUAAUUGAUUUUUUUAUAACAACUGUAUAACAACAAUAUUUUUGUAUAACAACUGAAAGUGUUGCAUGUGUAAUGAGCAACUUACAGUGUGACCCAAGACAUCAAAAAGUGUGUGCUUCAACAUAAAAAUCAAGGGCUGUGUGCCUCAGUUGUUUUAUUUUGUUCUGAAUGCAAAAAUGUAUAAAACACCAGUAUUUUCCCCCCCUGCCAAGCCUUUUUGGACGCAAUUAAAAAAUAAAAUAUUUUUUUGAACUUGA